CGAUCACUCUCCUGCGUUUAUCCACUCGGAGUUCAGCAAGAAGUUGUUCAUUUUAACAGCAAAGGAAGUUGUGCUAUGUAGCAUCUGGGUUCCUGGAGGGUUAAAAACAAUCACCUGCAUUUGAAAUGAGACUUGGAAGUAGGAAGUGUUGCUGUGGCUUGAGCUUCCUGUAUAAAUAAGUGUAGCUUUCUUACAGCUACUGCAUAUGUGCGCGACGUGCAUUUUAAGAAAUAAUGGCAACAUGCUCUUAAUAGCUGGGAGGAGAUUAUUCUUCGGAGCGACGAGACGGUUGAGAGAUGAGCCUUGCUCCAGACCUAUAACGUGUGAAGCUUUCAGAUGCUGGGAGAAGGAAGGAAGCGGCGAGAAAUGAAACGCGUUUCUUCAGACUCUGAGCUUUUGCUGGCGGUGACAUGUCUUGGAGGCGCUGAAGUGUGAGUGAAGCUAUUGAAAAGUCAAACGUUUGGGAGCGAAUCCUGCUCUCUUUUGGCAAGAACUGGUGAGCCUGGUUGAGCUGAUGGCAUCUGCUGCUGAGAUUUGUUAUCACACCAUGACGACCAGAAUAUCAGAGGUUGGGGAAUUGUCCUUGGAGCCUUUGAUUACUUGCAAACUAUGCCUGUCUGAAUAUUCACUGGAUAAGAUGACGACUCUCCAGGAUUGCAGCUGCAUCUUUUGUACAUCGUGCCUGAAACAGUAUAUGCAGCUGGCUAUUCGUGAGGGGUGUGGUUCUCCCAUCACUUGUCCAGACAUGAUGUGCCUCAACCAUGGGACUGUGCAAGAAACUGAGAUCUCCAGGUUGGUACCUGCUGAUCAAUUUCAGUUAUACCAGCGAUUGAAAUUUGAAAGAGAAGUGCAUUUGGAUCCCCUGAGAACCUGGUGUCCUUCUGCUGACUGUCAGUCCGUGUGCCAAAUUGAACCAAGUGAAUCUGGACUACCCGUGCCUGUAAAAUGUCAGGCUUGCUAUUUGACGUUCUGUUCAUCAUGCAAAGAGCCUUGGCAUGUGGAGAAGCUAUGCCUGGAAAACCAUCUUAUUGUGACACCAAAUGAGCAAGGAGUACUUAUCAAAACCACCACAGAAGCUCCAAUUAAGCAGUGCCCAGUUUGCCGAAUCCACAUUGAGAGGAAUGAAGGCUGUGCUCAAAUGAUGUGUAAGAACUGCAAGCACACGUUCUGCUGGUACUGUCUGCAAAAUCUGGAUAACGAUAUCUUCCUAAGGCAUUAUGACAAAGGCCCUUGCCGAAACAAACUGGGUCAUUCCCGUGCCUCAGUUAUGUGGAACAGAACGCAGGUUGUUGGGAUCCUUGUGGGCCUGGGUAUCAUAGCCCUGGUAACAUCUCCCUUGCUGCUCCUAGCCUCACCGUGCAUCAUCUGUUGUGUCUGCAAAUCGUGCCGUGGCAAGAAAAAGAAACAUGACCCGCCAACAACCUAAAGCUUUUCACCCUAUUGGCUGUGAAGACCUGCAUCUUGUAUGUGAUGGAGAAGACAUGAAGGCUGACCUCUGGUGCCAAUGCUUUCCCAAGCAAUUCUCCUUCUCUUUGCCAACUUCUGCAAAAAGUGCCUACAGUUUCAUGGGACACAGUGUUGUUUGCAAGUUGCCGUUCCGCAGUGGGAUAGGUGUCUGUUGUUGUGUUUUCAGUUCAGCUCUGGCUAUUUUCUUUUUUUAAGGAAAAGAGGCAGGGGUUCUAAACAUAGUUUCAAAGGUUCUUCAAAAUGACCCACCUCUGUUUGGUUCUACAGUAUUUUCCAGAGUCUGGAUAUGUGCCCAUUUUUGAGCAACUUUAAUUUUGCAGCUCAUGGAGCAGUCCUGCAGUUAAGUGAGGGAACACAGGUGAACAAAGCAACCCCGUUGUAAGAGAUCUUUGGAUAUUAUUGAGUUUUCACUUCCCAGGGGCAGAUUUCAGUGUUACUAAAAAGAUAUCCUGUAAAAAAUUUAUAUACCUGAAAAGGGGAAGGUAGUGGAAAUGAAGUACAACUGAAAUGGGAUAUUGUUAAUAUACGUUUGCUAAACGCCCAAUCAAAACUGGACCAACAACGAGUUGUAUCAGCCUUGGUACAGCAUCAGAAAGAAUGAUCUGAAGCAGCUGUUGCAGGUACAUAGCACUGGCACAAUAUGCCAAGUAAAUCGCUCUACCUGAGCCGCUAAUUAGGACUGGGUGUGAAUUAUUGUCAGGCGUUUUGCAAAACAUAUGUUGCACUGGUGCGAGAAGUGGCAAGUGUAGGGGAGAUUUGUGGUAUGCAACAGGAUCCAGUUGACCUGGUAUAAUAACAACACCCCCCUACACACUCUGCCCCAAGCAUUGUAUUGCAGUGGCACUAGAGUGCUGUGCAUCCUUUGGCUUCACUUCUGGCAACUUGUGGUGCACUUGCCAAAAAGGUUGGCCAUCAUUGAUGCAAACUAUAAUUUCAGGUGAAAAUUAGAGGGUUAGAUGUACACUUAAACACAUGCACAAACAUACACAGCACCAGCAAUUUGUUCAGGUGAUUACAUUAUUUCACUGAGUUAGUGAGGAGUUGUAAAAACAGUACAGAGACCUUGAGCAAGUCCUAUAUAAAAACUUAGCUAAUGGCUGCAAGCUUUAAGAUGAACAGGCCUACUUCCCCCAAUAAUGAAUUCUAGUCUUCUAUAAGACAAGCCCAUAGCUAGAUUGUGACUGAAGGAGCUGCAUAAUCUGGAAAACAAUGGAUGAGGUCGAAAUAGUGGGAUAACCACUUUAUCUAGUGCUGGAUUACAAGGCAGCGUAAGAGGAAUUGUGGUGAAAAAUGAUGUUGCAUAACAAACAUAUAGCAACACUUUCUUGAAAUAUUAUGCUUAUAUACACCACAGUCUUUAGCUUUGGGCUGACUAUCUGGUUGUGGCCUCAUGUUGUUCUGUAUUGAGUACUUUAGAGGUAGAGUACAAAUGUAAAUAAAUAUGAUUCUUCAAGGCAAGGUGUGUAUGUUUCAUGGUAUAUACUGUGUGUGCACAUUACAUUCACACACAAAACAAAUAUGCAUUUGAGCGUGUACUAUAGUAUAGCCUUUCCCAGCUUGGGUUGUUGGACUCCAACUCCCAGUCAGCAAAUCCAGUGGUCAGGGAUAAUGAGAUUUGUAGUGCAGCAACAUCUGGAGACUGAAAGUUGGGAACGGCUGCUAUAGUACAUAGUAUUUCAGCUAAGCAAAUUCACUCCACAACAAUCUGAAGUUGUUGGACCAUCUAGUUUUGAAAGGUGAUUGCCAUCUUGGCAAAGAAUUCCUUAGAAUUCUGCUAAAGGAUCCCUCUGUCUUAUGCAGUCCUCUUUAAUCAGCAAUGCAAUAUCUGGUUCAAAGUACAAUGGACAGACAUGUAGUCAAGUUUAUUUUUCUCUUGCCAUUUUUAAAAGAAACAAGCUUUCAGGAGGCUUUAACUAAGUAAGUUGAACUUGGGUCCCAUUAAAAAAAGUUAAUGACUUCUGUUUUGUAGAGCCUAAGUUCAGCUAACUUCAUAUGGCUACAACUGUAUGACCUUAAGCAGAGAAAUAGAAAGGAGGAGGGGCAGAUAGAUACUGAAGCAGAAAAGGUAAACAGAUUUAAUUUAAGGAAGCAUAGUUCUCAUGAAAAACUAUUGGAAAUCAAGCCUGGAAAUUUCAUCUUUUCUAGACAACUUGGAGAAACAGCCAGGACACCUGAAUUAGGCGCUACAAAAUGGGCAGCAAUUAUGGGUGUUUCCUUUUUAGAUCUGAAAAUUGUAGUCCAAAGUGAAAAUUGUAGUCGAAAGAGGAUAGUAAUAUAGCCUCAUUAGAGUCAAUAAUAGGGGCUGGGGUGUCCUAAACUGCCAGCUGAGCCUGUUUAGCUUUGCAAUGCAACUGUGCCCUAAUACUGUACAACCUUGUAUGCCGGCUGGGACUGGUGGGAGUUCUCCAAACCCCCUGAAGGGCACCAGGUUGAUGAAGGCUUCUUUAACACCAGCCAGGGCUGUCACCCAAUUAAAAACCAAAAAAUCCCUUGGUUGUAUUAUUUUCAGUUGACCCAAAUCUGCAUACAUUAGUACUGAAG